AUGAGGCCUUUGUCUGCGAGCAAGGGGAGUGGACAGAGGGUUCAUGGGUUUGGAAGUAAGAAGGAUGCUUGGAGAUGGAAGGCCACAAAGGGCGGUGAUUUCUCUACAAAAUCUGCAUACGAUAUUGUCAAAGCCGCAAAGACACGAAACAUCAACUCCAAUCCCACAUCAGAGAUCCUCAAGGAAGUGUGGAAUACUCCGGCAACUCAUAAGGCAAAAGUCACGACAUGGAGGCUUGUUAGGAAUAGGUUGCCAACCUGCGACAAUUUGAGAAGAAGGAAUAUUCAGAUUGGCGUUGAAGAAUCUUGGUGCAACGCUUGCUGUCACAGAAGCGAGACUUGCAAACAUCUCUUCAUCGAAUGUCCGAAGGCGGACGCUGUGUGGUCGGGAAUCCAACAGUGGCUUGGUAUCAACGGACCAAGACCGAAUGACAUAACUGAGCACCUCGAGGCCUUCACAAAUCUGGGGAAGAAGAAGCACAGGAAGACACUUCGCGCACUGUGGAUGUGCAUUACUUGGUUAAUGUGGAAGAACCGUAACGAAAGUCGGUUCGACGGAAAGACGUGGGAUGUUCAAGCUCUAAUCCGUGAGAUUAAGGUUAUGUUUUGGUGUUGGAUUAAGAUCUUUAAGUUGAGUAACGCUGAUGUUAGCUUCUCAUCUUGGAUGUCGCAGAUUUUUGACCUUCAUGCUCUGUAA